AUCGUGAUUCUACUUCCGUUAGGUUUUCGUUUGACCGCGACUUGAAAUGCGCCCGCUAAGGGUUUACGUAGUGUGUGUGCUUGCUAACUCGUUGUUGCCCAUGUUGCUCGCUUUUGCAGUCUACUAGGCCGGUAAGAAGAUCAGCUGCUCCGCCUUGGCAAAGCAUACCGACAGAGUUUAACCAAGCUCCAACUUCCCCCAAGCCUGCCAAUGUCGUCAAUCAAGCAGCCGCCGAAAUACCACAUGAAGCGGGGAUUGUCAAACAAGAGCAACCACAGUUCCUUCAUGAACCAGUCGGAUAUGCGUGCCAAGUACAGAAAGAAAGUUUUCGCUAUACUUCAGAAGAAUAAGGUUCUUGCCAGAACUCUUGUGGAGGCCAGGACUAAAAUAAGUGACUUGGAGAGUACACGCUGCCGACAGCAAAAAAUUGACAACCUUGCAUUGCCUCAGAUCAAGAUGUGGCUCGAGACAAACCUGCAGUUCAUGCACACAAUGGCCACCAACCACUCGCGAGCAAUCAAGCUCUUAGAGGACAUACUGACACCCGGGCAGGACAUCUCUAUCACCGGCAUCUCCGACAUGGAAAUGUCCUAUUCUCAGGAUCGGAGGCAAUCCCUGCAUCCACCAGGCAGGCAGACUUACGAUGACUUCAAUAAUGUCACUGUCAUUCCUGAAGAAAAUGAAAGUAUGAUUGACAAGUCGGAACACCCGCUAGACUCUGCCAUGAUCGAGGAGGAUCCAGAGGUCAACCCGUGCUCGAAAGUCACCGUUCGAAGAAAAACCCGGAGCACGAGAUCGACAGCGGGCAGGCGCAGCAGCCUCUUGGCCACCACGCCUGUAGCUCCCGAUGUUGACGAGGAUUCAGAUUCGGCAGUGCCAACAUUUAAAGUGGUCGACGAGCAAGCAUCGAUCCUUUUGCGAGAGGUCACAGGCCAGGAGAAGACUGUGGUGUGUGCAGAGUCUGUGGUUCUGCCACCUCCAGACAAGGUCCAAGGGCCCAGCGUGACUGAGUACUCUGCAGCAUUCAGCUACAGGCCAAAGAUACCACGCACUCCAGACGUCACUAGCAAGGACACAAACGGCUUCUUUGAAGAUUUCUACAGCAGCCCCUUGCAAACACGUCAGCGGACAAGGUUGUCUGAUGUUCCUCUGCAGCCUUGGCCUAGAAAGGCGGAAACUGUGCGCCAGAAUUCACGGAACGUCAGGCGCAGCGGCCCGGCGGAUUUCAGCCCUUCAGAGUGCCCCUCAGCGUUGUCAUCAAGAGCCAUGUUGGAGCGUGCCUUCGAGUCUCCCACUUCCGCACUGCUGCAACAAGGUGGGAACUUGGCUUCUCUUGAAACUGCUUCACCCAUCGAUUUGGACGCACCCAUCAUGGAAGAGACAUUGCGGAGACAGUCGGCCAGAAAGUCCUGCAUGUCGCGACCCAGUGACGCCAAGAAGUCUUCUCGCGUCACUUUUGUGGUGAAUAAGACAAGAGAAACUAUGGCUGCGGCACGUGAAGCCCCGUGGGACUUGACAACUGUCACGGCGGAGUGCGAGGAAGCCCAAAAGGCACCGCAGCGCAAAAGCCUGGGCGACAUGCAGCCUUAUACUACCCAUACAGAGGCACGGGUUGUGGAACGCAAACGUGACUCGUUGGAAAAAAAGCAAAUUGGAGGUGUGGGCGCCGGUGAUGCCGUAGAGAAGGAUGUUCCGCAAAAGGCAGACAGUCUCCCCAAGAAAGCCCGGCGCACUGGCAAGAAAUCACGCAGCAAAGCACGGAGAUCAGCCCCGCAGAAAGUGAACCUCCUCGGACAAGUAACGGACCACCCAAUCCGGAGCCUAUGGAUGUCGGGGCCACUUCUUCAACAGACGAAGAUGGUGCCACGCAUCCCUCAACGGGGCGUCUGUGCAGGCGAAACGUGCCGCAGAAGAGCUACAAGGAGCCUAGCAUUCACACAAAACUUCGACGACCAUAAUGAUGGGCAGAGGCAUGUUUGUGUUGUGUGUACUUGUAACUUAUCAAGAUUUUCAUGCGACGCCAUUUGUUUCAUUACACCGCCGCGUCCAUCCUUCUGAUCACGCUUUCUUUACCUUUAACAAAGACAGUCGUCUUUAUGUGCAUUUUAGCAAAUAACACAAGGUACACUUUGUGUAAUCUUUUUGAUGAACAAACCGUCGAGGAAAGACGGGAGGAGGGUAGAUAAACACAAUGAUAGAGCAGCACGUGCGACAUAUCAGGUAAAGUACAAACCAAAGUAAACGCUUAUGAGGUGUCUUCGUCCUAGAGUAACUUUCUUGGCAGAACCUCGACGACCUCUACUGGAGUCGACUUGAAAGCACUGGUGCUGUUAAGCCGAGUGCGCUGGAUGUUCAAAUUCAAGAGGCCAGACUCUUGCUACUUGGCUUUGCUGCCUGUCUUGCUGAAGGAAGGUCAACGUCACGACAAGCCCAGAUGCUCGCAUGAUAUAGCCAGUGCUGUCAGUGCCGGUCUCUUCAAUAUGAACUUCAGUAACCCUGAAACCAACUGCUGCUUUUGCCAAGCUAAUUUGCUAGCCGUUCGCAAGGGCAUGUUUGGACUUUAGCAAAACACAUUUGCUGCCGGAACAAUAGCUAAUUCUUCAUUGGACAAGUGUUGGCCGGCACUGUGAUUCUCUGCCCAUCUCUCGCCGUCUUUGCCUUGCAGUCAAUUCGUGAAUAGACGGGCCAACUAGCCCGCAACUAAGCUCAUGCAUAAACUGCGUUUCAUUGUAACAAUGCAUAUGUGCUACUGUUUUAUUGAAGAACCACUGUAUGUACGUUGCGCGACACGAUUCUCGUAGUAUGCAAGAGAAUAAAGAUUUUAUGAUGGGGAAAACUAACAAA